AUGAAGGUCAAAAUCCCUUUCAUCACAACGGCAGCUGCGCCAGUCAUUGAAAACGAAGAAGACAACAAGAGUCGUGUAACUUACAACUCCAUUGAAGACAGCAAAAAGGGUAGUCAAAAUGAUGGCGAUGUCGAUAGUUCAGAUUUCCAGUACGGUGUGAAAGCUGUUCAAGCAUCUAGCCAAGUUUGGACGAAGAACCAGUUGAUUCUGGCCUAUAUUCUUAUUUGGAUCAUUCACUUCGUACUGGCACUAUCUUCUGGAAUCAAUGCCACAUUGACACCUUAUGUCACAAGUGCGUUUCAAAGCCAUUCUUUGACAGCUACGACGACAAUUAUUUCCAGCAUGAUAUCAGGCCUUAUCGUCUUGCCUUAUGCAAAGCUCAUUAAUGUAUGGGGCCGGCCCCAAGGUUUUGCUCUUAUGGUAUUUUCAAUGACUAUUGGUCUUAUCAUGAUGGCUGGAUGCAACAACGUCAAAACGUACUGUGCUGCUCAGGUAUUCUAUCAAGUCGGCUCCUCUGGACUCAGCUUCAUAAUGACUAUUUUCAUUGCUGAUACAACCUCUCUCAAAAAUCGAGCAUUCAUGAUUGCAUUUGAAGCAUCGCCAUGGAUUGCUACCGUAUGGGCUUAUGGGCCAGCAGCCCAAAGUAUUUUGAACACGAUUGGCUUCAGAUGGGGUUUCGGUAUCUGGGCUAUUGUCAUCCCAAUAGUGUGUACUCCACUCUUUGGAUUGUUUUAUUAUAAUCUUUUAAAAGCUCGUAAAGCUGGCCUUAUUCCUCAAAGAGAGAGUAAUAGGACAUGGACAGAAUCGAUUGUAUAUUAUACCAAAGAGUUUGACGUGGUUGGAUUGCUUUUGAUCUGUACUGGUCUUGCGCUAUUUUUGCUGUCAUUCAGCUUGUAUUCCUAUCAGCCCGAACAAUGGAAGUCUCCUUUGAUCAUCUGCUUCCUCAUCUUUGGUGGUUUGCUGAUUAUUGCAUUUGCAGCUUAUGAAAAAUGGUGUGCAUCGGUCACAUUCAUUCCUUGGAAUCUAAUGAUGGAUCGAACAGUCUUUUCAACUUACACUAUGGCAGCUAGUAUAUAUGUCGCUUGGUACUUGUGGGACAGUUAUUUCUAUUCCUAUUUGAUUGUUGUCUACAACUUGAGUAUUUCUCAAGCCACAUAUAUCACAAAUAUUUAUACUAUUGGGUCCACCGUUUGGUCUCUUGUGAUGGGCGUCAUUAUUCGAUACAAUGGACGACUAAAGUGGCAAGCUCUUUACUUUGGCGUACCGGUCACGAUAUUGGGAGUUGGUCUAAUGAUUCAUUUCCGACAGCCAGACGUCAAUAUCGGUUUUAUCAUCAUGUGUCAGAUAUUUAUUGCCUUUGGUGGCGGUACCUUGGUUAUCUGUGAGCAAAUGACAGUCAUGGCUGUAUCAUCUCAUCAAUAUGUCCCAGCUGUCCUGUCCAUGGAAAAUAUGGUUGCCAGUAUCGGAAGCUCGAUUGGUUCGACGAUUGCAGCAGCCAUGUGGAGUGGUAUAUUCCCUGAGAAACUUGCACUGCACCUACCUGCAAGCGCUCAAGGUGAUAUAGCAUCGAUCUAUGGUUCUAUAGAAAUCCAGACAUCUUAUCCAGUCGGAAGUGACGAAAGAAAUGCUAUCAACCGAGCCUAUAGCGAUACACAAAAAUUAAUGCUAAUUUCUGCCACCUGUCUCUAUUCGAUUACUUUAAUUUCAGUCAUGUUUUGGAAAGAUGUUGAUGUCAGACAACUGAAGAAAGUAAAAGGCCUAGUGUUUUAGAUAAUAUUAUAACAUAUUUUUAUUGUUUAAUGUAUUGCUUAAACUCAUAUUCUUUAUUUCGUUCGAUCAAUGAAAAUACAUACGCUUUUAAAUGCUCUAUUAAAGCACAAUGAGCUGUACAUUUACCUCAUCUUGUCUCACACGACUCUGUAGAAACAAUAGUGACAGAAACCAUAAUUUAUAAAGGUGAAGGGGCAAAUAAAAAUAGAAUUUUUUUCUGGCAAAAUGUUAAAUAAAAACUCAGGUCGCUUAUUUCCUAAAAUGAGU